UUCCGCCAGCUGUCCAAUCAGAAUCCCGGAUACUGCGACGCGUGUGUUUCUUGCUCGUGGGGGAAGAAGCGAAGACGCGUGAACGAGAAAACCAGCGAGAAUUCGGCUCGUUUAGAGAGGAAGGUGCCGACACUUUGUCAUCAUGGAUGUCAGUAAAGCUAAAGGAGAUAAUGUGACGCCCAACCCAGGUGGACAGACGGACAAACCUCCAAGCGCCCAUCUUGUGGAAAGCAUGCUCCCCAAAGUUGUGAAGAGGCGAGUGCAUGCCUUGAAGAGGCUACAGGCACAGUGUGCUAACAUAGAAGCCAAAUUCUACGAAGAGGUUCAUGAGCUCGAGAGAAAAUACGCAGCUCUUUAUCAGCCGCUGUUUGACAAGAGACGAGAUAUCAUCACAGGAACAGUGGAACCUACAGAUGCGGAGUGCGAAUGGCAGAGUGAUAUGGACGAAGAGGAGGAACUAGCUGCAGAAGUAAAGGAAAAGGCUUCCAUUGAAGAUGCAAAGAAGGAGGAAGCAACUCCAGAGGAAGACCAGAAGGGCAUCCCAGAGUUCUGGCUCACUAUUUUCAAGAGUGUGGACAUGCUCAGCGACAUGCUACAGGAGCAUGACGAGGCUAUCUUAAAGCACCUGAAAGAUAUUCAAGUCAAAUUCUCUGAGCCUGGACAGCCGAUGAGUUUUACGUUAGAGUUCCACUUUGAGCCCAAUGGCUACUUCAACAAUGCAGUCCUCACUAAAGUCUACAAAAUGAAGUCUGAGCCAGACCCAUCAGAUCCUUUCUCGUUUGAAGGUCCAGAGAUUAUUGACUCUGAUGGAUGUCAGAUAGAUUGGCACAAAGGAAAGGAUGUGACGGUGAAAACUAUUAAGAAGAAGCAGAAGCAUAAAGGUCGUGGUGUCGUCCGCACCGUUACCAAACAGGUCCCUAAUGACUCGUUCUUCAACUUCUUUAACCCUAUCAAAGCUUCACCAGAUGGAGAAAUGGAUGAAGACUCUGAGUUCUCUCUAGCAACAGACUUUGAGAUCGGUCAUUUCUUUCGUGAGAGAAUAGUUCCAAGAGCGGUUCUGUAUUUCACUGGCGAGGCCAUGGAGGAUGAUGAGAGCUUUGAGGAGGAGGAACUGGAGGAGGGAGAUGAAGAGAGCUGAGGACAAGACUGAAACAUGUGGCUGAACAUGUCUGUCUUUGCCUCUUCUCAGAGGAGCAGAAAUUUGUUAGCAGAAGGUAAACAAAGGCUUUGUUACUCUGAGUUAAAACAAGAAUCUGAACUUGAUGAUGCUACCACCACCAUGCUUCUGUGGGGACUGUAUUGGACAAGUGACGAGCAGCGCCUGGUUUUCUCCACACAUACGACUUGAAAAGUUCUAUCUUGGUCUUAUCACACCUGAGAACCCUAUUUCUCAUCAUUCCUUCGGGUGUCUUUUAGCAAACUAUGCGGGCUUUUACGUGUCUUGCACUGAGGAGAGGCUUCUGAUGGGCCACUCAGCCAUAAAGCCCUGCAGUGAUGAUGGCUGACUUUCUACAACUUUCUCCCAUCUCCUGACUGUUUCUUCUUUACCUCUCACCAAAGCUCUUCUUCCUCUGGUAGCUCAGUUCAGACAGCCUGCUCUAGGAAGGAUUCUGGUCGUCCGAAACAUCUUCCAUUCAAGGAUUGUGGAGGCCACUGUGCUCUUAAGAACCUUAAGUCCAGCAGAGAUUUAUUUUUGCAACCAUGGCCAGGUCUGUGCUUUGCCACAAUUUUGAGCUCUUCAGGCAGCUCCUUUGACCUCAUGGCUCUCAUUUACUCUGAUGUGCAUUGUGAGCUGUAAGGUCUUAUAUAGACAGGUGUGUGGCUUUUCUAAUCAGGUCCAAUCAGUAUAAUCAAUCACAGCUGGGCUCCAAUAAAGGUGUAGGGCCAUCUCAAGGAUGAUCAGAAGAAAUGGAAAGCACCUGAGUUAAAUAUGAGUGUCACAGCAAAGGACCAUGUGAUAUUUCAGUUUUCUUUUAUAAUAAGAAAUGUCUGAGAUUCUGUUUUUCUGUCAGUAUGGGGUUCUGUUGUCCACAUUGAGGAGAAAAUUAAUUUAAUUGAUUUUAGCAAAUGGCUGAAUACUUUCCAUACCCACUAUAGUUUUAGUAUUGGUCUUUGACAAAAAUAAUUUUUCAUUUUAGUCAUACAAUUUGUUUUAAUUUUAGUCUAAUUUUAAACUGAAAUGAAUGUAUUUUUCAUCUGUAAAGGAAAUGUUAAUUACACCUACUGAAACGUUUCAUUGGAUCAAUAAAACUCGAAAAAUAGUUUUCAUUUCAACCAUUAACGGUACCAAAAUUAACACUGACAGUUUGGAUUUGUGCCUCUCAAUAUUAAUAAAAUAAAUCUGAACAGUAAUAUUUGUAAACAUGACUCCGUUUAGACAUAAAUUAUUGGUCAUCAAUAAAGGGAGCCUAAGCCACUUCUGCCUCAUGGGUCCCUGGGAGAACCAAAAAACGAAUGCAAGUCAACGGGGCUAAAAACGCUAUUUUCUAAUCCGCUUUGCCUUACGCCCUGGAUCGCACAUAUGUUGUACUGCAAUUUAAAUGAAAACUAAUGAUGGGUGUUUCGACCACGUCAGUCACGUACUUUGAGAUUUAUCAGCUUAUAAAAGUUUGUAAUUAGCAUGACUACAAACUAGAAUUCGGCAUGUCGCAUAUGUGACGUCACCACAUAAUCUCCCCUCCCCUAGUGUAGCAGCUACUUACCACAUGACCAGAUUUAUGGUGGUUCUUUCCUCCUGUGGAAUGUUUGCUGAACUUACAGACAUUUUCCCUCAGUUUUCUCCGUGUCUGGUUCAAUGACGUCACUUUCGUGAAGCGCUUUUGUAGUCCUGGACUUAUUUUCACACAAAACGUAAAAUAGCGUUUUCCCCGUUCGAAAAAAAGCGCAUUCUUGGUAUCUAAAUUCAUCUUUAAAAUUCACAGCCAUCAUGUGUGAAAUCCCUAGCACAAAACAAGCGGAAUUAGAAAAUAGCGUUUUUAGCCCCAUUGACUUGCAUUCAUUUUUUUCAUUCUUCCAGGGACCCAUGAUGCAGAAAUGACUUGAGCUUGGGUUAUGCUUGACGCGUCCGCGAGGUUCGCACGGCUCCGCGCGGCAAAAUUGCGUCAUUUUAACAACCACGCCCCUCCACCGCGCCUCCGCACGGCCCAAACUUUCCGCAUCGCGCACCUAGGAAAUUUUCUAACCACGCGGACGGUCGGACGCGGAAAAACAUGGCGGACCGGCAAGAACUAGUAUGGCAGAGGUUCGUAAAUACAGACAUUUGUAUGAUUCAGCUCUCACAGAACACCGUGAUCAACAUGUUAUUAAUUCUUGGAGAGAAAUAGCUCGCACUGCCGGAAAAGACGAGGACGCUGUUAAAAAUGCUGGAAUGCCAAGUUGUAAACAACAGUUUUUACUUCUACUAUGGUGUAGUGUUGGAUGCAUGCCGUAGAGCUCCAUGCUGCCCCCUACAGUUUGGGAGAAUAUUGGCUCACCGCAGAGACAAGCCGCAUGAACCAUAAACGCUGCAAGUUGUGAAGCUGGUUCCAUCCGCGAGCCGCAUCACCAAGCGGAAAGUAAAUGCGUCAAGCAUAAACCAAGCUUUAGGCUCCCUAUAUGAGGUCUUGUUCAAACAGCGGCCCGCUGAUUGGUUCUUUUCUCGUGUAGUCCCGCCUGUUUCAUUUGCUGAUGGUUCUGUUUUCUGUUCUCCCAUCUUCUCUGUUUUCUUACCAUCUAAUUUCAUGAGUAAUUUAGCCUUUGUAGAUGUAUAUUUUUAGUUUUCAUUUCAUUUGCAAAAAUGCUUUGGUCACAAAAGACAAAUAUUUUGUCAACGUAAUUAAUGUUAGUAAUGAUCGAUUUGUCAGAUCUAGAUGGUCUGCGUCACCAUCAGACCUUCAACCAGUUCUUAUAACUUUAAAUCAUUUUGUUUUUGUACCUCAGGAGCAAGACGAUGAUGGUGAUGAAGAUGACGACGAGGGGGACUUUGACCCCAAG